UACCUUCCCUUCUUCCCUUCUCAUUAAUCAUUAUGUGUGUGUAUUUUUACUUUUGCCACUUUCUGAAACUUUUCAUACUUCUCUCUCUUUUUCACGAGCAUUCACUGAAAAAGAUAGGGUUCCGCCCCUGCUGAAAGCCAAAGCUACCUGUCGGUGCUCUUCUUUCUCUCUCCCUCUCUCAUGGGAUUUCUGGAGCCAGGUCCUCUUCUUCACUCCUAGAGUGUUGAUGUGUUUUUUGGAGUGGUCCAGCUACUGGGUGAGACCCGGAUUGUGGGUUUUUCAGUUUCAGAUUCUGUGGAUUUCAUAGACAAAAAGACGUUGUCAGUGUCGAGAAAGAAAAAGCUUUUUUGUACUUUUUCUGGAACGUAUUUUGGAAGCAAUCUUGUGCUGAGCCAACAACGUGACCGGAUUUACUGCAUCUAAAAAGCCGCUGGAUCUUCAUUUGUGAAACUUUUUGGGUGGUUUGGUUGGGGAAGAUUGUGGUUUUUUGGCUAUGAAGAACUUUCGAGAUUUAGCAUUUUACUACACUAGAUUUUAUCAUUCAGAAUAUUUCUAGGGAAUUAUAAGUGAUGGAGGAUAUAGGACUGGUAAAACAAGGUUGGAAAUGGCUGCGAUCUCAAAAGGAUGCCUGGCCGCGCGCCCGUAUCGCUCUCAGUUGUUGUAAAGACAGGAUUGGUACGUUCCUGGAGCGGCAUUGGCCGACUGUGUGGGCUGGGACUCUCAGGCUCGGCAGGUUACUCCGUUUCUUGUUGCUUCAAUGGAGGGACUGUGUGAUAAGGGGGUUUCGUUCUUUGAUCGCUUUAAGUUCGGCAGCUCUGCUGCUUAUUAUGUGGAGUUGCUUUCUUAGUCUGACUUCCAUUUCUUGCUUAAUCUAUGUGCUUCUCAGUAUGGGAGCUGCUGGAGUGGCUAUUCAGUACUUGGGUUACACUCCUGGACUUUUUAUUGUUGGGCUCUUUGCUAUUCUAGUUUUAUGGAUGUAUGCUAACUUUUGGAUAACAGGAAUAUUGUUCAUGGUUGGAGGGUAUUUGUUCUCCCUAAAUCAUGCACGGCUGGUGGUCUUAGUGUCAGCUAUAUAUGCGAGUUACUGUGUCAAAGUUCAAGUCGGAUGGCUUGGUGUUCUUCUCUCAAUAAACCUUGCAUUCCUAUCGAAUGAUUUAUUGAAUUUUUUGCUACAAUGGUGUGAUAAUAUGAGUGAAAGCACACACUUUGAAGAGCACAAACCGUCAGAAAGGGUAAUGGGGAAUGACUUUUCUGAAGAGUCGGAAUAUUUUGUUCCAACUAGUGAAGAUGAAAAGUUGCACUCAUGCAAAUCAUCCAGCACGCCAUCUGUGGCUUCAUCUGUUUCUAAUGACCACAAAGAGUCUACUGCUAGCAAGGUGGUCAGAGAACAGACAAGUUCAGCUGAUGAGAUGAAAAGGAUUUUGGGUAGUGGGGAUCAUUAUGAAGCACUUGGAUUCGCUCGCCACAAAAUAAUUGAUGCAACAAUUCUGAAGAAGGAAUACAAGAAGAAGGCCAUGCUUGUGCAUCCUGAUAAAAAUAUGGGGAGUCCACUGGCGAGUGAAUCCUUUAAGAAAAUUCAGUGUGCAUAUGAGGUUCUUUCUGAUUCCACAAAGAGAAGAGAUUAUGAUGAGCAGUUGAGAAAAGAAGAAUUGAGGACUAAGAGUGUUUGUCAGAAGUCCCAUGGUACUUCACAUCAGGAUGGUCCGGGUUAUUGCUCUGAGGAGUCGAGGCGUAUACAAUGUACCAAGUGUGGCCAUUCACAUAUAUGGGUAUGCACCAAUAGGAGUAAGGCCAAAGCAAGAUGGUGUCAGGAUUGCUGUCAGUAUCAUCAGGCCAAGGAUGGAGAUGGAUGGGUUGAAUACAGAGGCUCAUUGGUCUUUGAGCGUCCUCAGAAGGUGGAAAUACCACGUGCUUUCGUCUGUGCUGAGAGCAAAAUCUUUGAUGUAUCAGAAUGGGCCAUCUGUCAGGGAAUGGCUUGUAGGCCCAACACACAUCGUCCCAGCUUCCACGUAAACAUGGUUGGUCUGGAGAAAACUCAACGGUCCAGCUCAUGCAGAUUCCCAUGGGAUUUGGAUGCUGAAAUGCUGGAUGAAGAAGAAGAGGCAUUUGAGUUGUGGCUUCAGCAGGCUCUCGCCUCUGGCCUAUUUUGUGAGUGCUCCAAACGCAGAAAGAGCUGGAGUCCAUUCAACUUGCAUCAGAAGAAAGGGAAGAAGCAAUGGCACCGAAGAACUUCAUGCUGAAUACUGGUAUUAGUUUUCUUGCCAUCCCUCCCAAGGGGGAUUGCUGAAAUCGACGGUUAGAAGUGAUGGGAUUUGUACAUGCAAACACUGGUAAUUCCAUAUACUUUUUGUGGGAAUGGUCUAUAAUGCUCGACACUGCCCCACAUAUGCAAAGAAGAAUGUAGGUUAAUUAGAAACUUAUUUGUGCCAAUGAAUUUGAGAAAUGCUCCAAGUUAGAGCUGUAAAUGGACUAUCACUUGGUUAAAUGAAUGGGCCAAAGA